GGGGCGCGCCCCGGGACUCCGCCCCCCAGCUCCCCUCCCGGAGCCCGGGUGCCCGGCUCGCGCGGCUCGGUACGAGACGGGGACCUCGCGCCGCCCCAGCGCCCCCGCCCCGCGUGUGAGGCGCCGCGCCCUCCGGCCGCCCUGCCCGGUGCAUGGAGGGGCCCGUUCGGAUCGCAGCCGCCGCCGCCGCCAGCGCGCGGGGGGAUGACCUGCGGGUGGCUCUCGGAGCCGGCUGCCGAGCAGGAGGUCUGGGGGCUUAGCCAGCCUUGCGGAGAGUGAGCCGAGGCCUGGGCUUUCUCUGGAAGUCAUCCCUGCAUACUUCUGUAAUUGGGCGCUAUGCAUCCAGACCUCGGACCCUUAUGGACACUGCUGUAUGUUCUUGUGAUUCUGUGUUCUUCUGUGAGUUCAGACUUGGCACCUUAUUUUAUUUCUGAACCACUCUCUGCGGUCCAGAAGCUUGGUAGACCCGUGGUCCUACAUUGUUCUGCUAAACCAGUUACUGCCCGCAUCUCAUGGUUGCACAAUGGGAAACAAUUGGACAGAAACACGGAACAGAUUAAGAUUCAUCGGGGGACUUUGACAAUUCUGUCUCUUAACCCUUCCCUUUCUGGUUGCUACCGGUGCGUUGCCAACAACAGCAUUGGUGCUAUUGUGAGUGGCCCUGCAACAGUGUCCACUGCAGCUCUUGGUGACUUCGAUCCAUCAACAAUGCAUGUUAUUACUGCAGAAGAGAAGAAUACGGGUUUCGUUGGCUGUAGGGUACCAGAGAGCAACCCCAAAGCCGAGGUGCGCUAUAAGAUCCGGGGAAAGUGGCUGAAGUAUUCCACAGGGAACUACUUAAUCCUCCCCUCGGGAAAUCUUCAGAUUUUGAAUGUGUCCUCGAAGGAUAAGGGAUCAUACAAAUGUGCUGCUUAUAAUCCUGUCACCAGCGAAUUGAAAGUCGAACCCAUUGGCCGGAAGCUCCUUGUGAGUCGCCCUUCCUCAGCAGACGGUUUUCACAUUCUUCACCCUGCUCUUUCUCAGGCAUUGUCUGUCCUCCCUCAUAGCCCUGUUACCUUGGAGUGUGUGGUGAGUGGGGUCCCGGCCUCACAGGUGUAUUGGCUGAAGGAUGGGCAGGAUGCUGUGUCAGGAAGCAACUGGAGGAGGCUUUACUCUCAUCUUGCCACGGCUAGCAUUGACCCAGCAGACUCAGGAAACUAUUCGUGUGUGGUGGGCAACAAGUCCGGAGAUGUUAAACAUGUCACUUACAUGGUCAAUGUUCUGGAGCAUGCUUCAAUUUCUAAAGGACUACAGGAUCAGAAAGUGUCUCUGGGGGCCACUGUGCAUUUUACCUGUGAUGUUCACGGGAACCCAGCCCCCAACCGCACCUGGUUUCAUAACGCACAGCCUAUUCGCCCCUCCUCACGGCAUCUAGCCGAAGGAAACGGACUGAAGAUCACCGGGGUUACCAUGGAAGACUCUGGGCUGUAUCAGUGUGUAGCAGACAAUGGGAUUGGAUUCAUGCAGUCUACUGGAAGACUUCAAAUUGAACAAGACAGUGGACUGAAGCCUGUUAUAGUCACGGCACCGGCAAAUGUAGAGGUGACGGACGGAGACUUUGUGACCUUGUCUUGCAAUGCCACUGGAGUGCCUGUCCCAGUCAUUCAUUGGUAUGGCCGCCAUGGAUUGAUAACCAGCCAUCCAUCUCAGGUCCUUAGGUCCAAGUCCCGCAAGUCCCACCUGCUCCGACACAGGGACCCGAACCUGGAGCCUGUCUACUUCAUCAUGUCCCGAGCUGGCUCAAGCUCUCUGUCUAUUCAGGCAGCUACUCAGGAACAUGCUGGGAAAUACACCUGCGAAGCCACUAACGAACACGGCGCCACACGGUCCGAAGCGUUCCUCACAGUCGUUCCUUUUGAAACAAAUACCAAAGCAGAGUCAGUCACACCUUCUGAAGCGACUCAGAAUGAUGAACGAGACCCAGGAGAUGCUCCAGAGUCUAGCUUGCUGCACUUGUUUCCAGUGAAGGUGCAUUCUAGUGGGGUGGAACUGCCGGCAGAGAAAAACGCCUCCGUCCCCGAUGCUCCUAACAUCCUGAGCCCCCCACAGACCCACAUGCCAGACACGUACAACCUGGUGUGGAGGGCAGGGAGGGAUGGCGGACUGCCCAUCAAUGCCUAUUUUGUGAAGUACCGAAAGCUGGAUGACGGCACUGGUGCAGUGGGCAACUGGCACACGGUUCGUGUCCCAGGGAGUGAAAACGAGCUGCAUCUAACUGAACUGGAGCCAUCGAGUCUGUAUGAAGUUUUGAUGGUGGCCAGAAGUGCAGCUGGUGAAGGCCAGCCUGCCAUGCUUACCUUCCGGACCAGCAAAGAAAAAAUGACAUCGUCAAAAAACAGCCAGGCAUCCUCUCUACCUGUGGGCAUCCCUAAGCGUCCUGCUAUUUCAGAGGCUUCCAGCAGCAAUUUCGGAGUUGUGCUUACGGAUUCCUCUAGGUAUAGCGGAGUCCCAGAGGCGCCGGAUCGGCCUACUAUCUCUACAGCGUCAGAGACCUCCGUCUAUGUCACUUGGAUUCCCCGGGCAAAUGGUGGCUCACCCAUCACAGCCUUCAAGGUGGAGUAUAAACGGAUGAGGACUAGUGAUUGGCUGGUGGCCGCCGAAGAUAUCCCUCCUUCCAAACUUUCUGUCGAAGUUCGUAGUUUAGAACCAGGUUCAACAUACAAAUUUCGAGUCAUUGCUAUCAACCAUUAUGGUGAGAGUUUCCGGAGCUCAGCAUCCCGUCCUUACCAGGUGGCUGGCUUCCCAAAUCGCUUUUCCAACCGCCCAAUAACCGGACCUCACAUUGCAUACACAGAGGCUGUCAGCGAUACUCAGAUUGUGCUCAAGUGGACGUAUAUUCCAUCAAGUAAUAAUAACACUCCCAUUCAAGGAUUUUAUAUCUAUUAUCGGCCGACAGACAGUGACAAUGACAGCGAUUACAAGAGGGAUGUUGUUGAAGGUUCAAAGCAGUGGCACACGAUUGGUCACCUGCAGCCGGAAACCUCCUAUGACAUUAAGAUGCAGUGCUUUAAUGAAGGCGGGGAGAGCGAGUUCAGCAACGUGAUGAUCUGUGAGACCAAAGUAAAACGUGUUCCUGGAGCUUCAGAGUAUCCCGUGAGAGACUUGAGCACCCCUCCCAGUUCUUCGGGAAACGGAGGGCAUGUGGGGCCUGCGACCAGCCCUGCCAGGAGCAGUGAUAUGUUGUACCUCAUCGUUGGCUGUGUGCUUGGUGUUAUGGUCCUCAUUCUUAUGGUUUUCAUUGCACUGUGUUUGUGGAAGAGUCGCCAGCAGAGUGCCAUACAGAAAUAUGAUCCUCCAGGAUACCUCUAUCAAGGGUCAGAGAUUAACGGGCAGAUGGUAGAGUACGCCACGCUCUCAGGAGCAGCCCGGAUCAAUGGGAGUGUCCACGGAGGCUUCCUCAGCAAUGGCUGUUCUCAUCCCCACCAUAAAGGCCCCGGUGGAGUCAAUGGGAUCCUGAAUGGAAGCAUCAACAGAGGGCUUGAUUCUGCACACACAAACUCGCUAGCCAGGACACGGGUCGAGUUUGAGCAUUCCCACCAUCUACUGAAUGGUGGAGGAAUGUACACAGCAGUGCCUCAGAUUGACCCACUGGAAUGCAUUAAUUGUCGGAAUUGCCGGAACAACAAUAGGUGUUUCACCAAAACCAGCGCUCCCCUUCCUGUGGUCCCAGUGGUAGCGCCUUAUCCUCAGGAUGGUCUGGAAAUGAAGCCCCUCAGUGCCGUGAAGGUACCCGUGUGUCCAGCUUCCACAGUUCCUGACUGUGGCCAGUUACCUGAGGAGAGCAUCAAGGACAGUGUGGCACCAGCACCUACCCAGCACACCUGCUGUCAGGACACACUCAGUGACAUCAAUUCUGAUUCCACAGAAGAUACAGCCGAGUUCAGCAGAGGAGAUAGCAAUGGCCCUUCAGACGCAGAGGACAGAGCUUUAAGUUGGGAUCCUCUUAUCUUGUCAGCUGUCGUGGAGGACUGCACAGAGAAGACAACAUGGUCUCCUGGCCUUCCUCUAGAGGGGCUGCCGGUGGUCCUUCGGCAAGCCCAGGAGACCUGAGAAAGUACACAGGCCUCCUCAUGUUCCCACUGUAAGCCAGGGACUGUACAGCACAGGCUGGGGACAAACUGUGUGAAGGACAUUAAUUCAAACCAGAGAAAACCAUUAUUUAUUUUUGUAGUAGUAAUGUCAUGAAUGUAUCUUUAAAAUGUGUGCCCUUUUAUAUUAUUUAUGUCUUAAGUAUGCCCUUUUCAUUCCUUCUUCCGCUUCAAUGGCACCCCACACCACCACCUAUAGUUUCAGUAAUUGGGAGAGCAUAGGGAUCAUUCUGUUUUCCAGAACCUUCAAUGGCAGUAGGGACUUGUGCUGGGUCCCGUCUUCUGGCCUAUUCAGUUGUGGGGAGGAGGGUUGCCCAAGCCAUUUGAAGUUUGCCAUCGUCACCCCCAGAUAGAAAACUGUCACUUAUCCCAUGUUACCAGACUUUCAGAGAACUUUUAAAAUCAACCACAGUUGUGAUCUUAUAUUUAUAAUAGCAAACCCAACUGACAAAUUUUAUGGCUGCCUUCCAGAAAAGUACUAAUACUGACUUAGUUUCUCUCUUUACCUGGGUAUAAGAAAUGAUCGACCUUCUGGGUAGCAAAUUAGCCAGUGUUAUGAACAGAGAAGCAUGUAGGGCCUGGUUGGAUUGUUGGAUUGUGUAGAAGGGGAACCAAGUUCAGAAGAAAAAUGAGUGCCUUCGUGGUCCACCGCUUUAAUCAUGUCAGCUUACAGAUUGGGCGCCAUGUUUGCAAGGGUGUGUGCAAAAUCAGGCUUGUAAAGGGAUAGCUUGCAAAGAAAGCUGCCACGCGCCUCAGGAAGAAGGGACCUAAGCGAGCUCUGUAUUCUGUAGUGCUCGUAGUGCCUCACCACUUGAAGACGGUCCGUUCUGUCACUUCCAGCAUGCACAGUGUCUUGGAUGAUAGCAGCAAGCAUGGUGGGUCAGCCUUCUGCCACUAUGCCAAGUUACCUGAGCUGAUUAUCUUACUCAGGAAAAGGUUCUUUUGGCUCACAGUUUCAGAACUUCCAAUUUGUGAUUGAAUGGACCUGUGGCUCUGGGCCAGUGCUGAGGAAGCACAUUGUGAUGGGCAUGCAUGGUGGAGCAAGAUAACUUAUACCAUAAGCCUGAGGCACGGGGAGGAAGGGAAGAGGAGCAGAGUGUACACACCCCCUCCAAGAGCAUGCCUCUAGAUCUGGAGCCCUCACACUUGUCCCCUGUUCAAGCCUCUACCACUUCCUAAACAUGCCACCCUGGGCACCAGGCCUUGGGAAAUGGAGCCAAACUAUAGCAGAUGGCAGGGAAGGCUAAGCUUGAGGAAAAGGUUUAGGGGCGUUUUCUGACAUUUUUCUGGCUGCCAUCAUUGUGAACUCAGUCUUUGGUCCACAGAGUCUCUACAUCACAGUUACUGUUUUCUGAGUGGCAAGAACAUUGCAGCUAUCUUUGGAAGGCUUUUCUCCAUGUGUAGAACAGAAACCCCAGGCACCACAAAUGCACUUCAUAGCUCAAACCAGGCCCUGAUGGAUCACUGCUUGUUUUUGAAUGGUGUAUCCCUUGGGGUUGGGGGGAGGGGGAAUGACAGAAAAUUAUUCUCCUUUGUGGAAUCCAACAAUUGCAGGAUACGUUUUGUUCUAGUUGCCCACAAAUUGCAGUGGAAGAGAAUCAGAUUCUGUACUAAUCAACUCUGUGUAGAUGUGCCAGUGUUCCCUUUCACACAUUUGUAUCUUUUAUAAACAGAGCUGUUAGUAGGUAUGUGCUGUUUCAGCAAGGGCGCUAUGCAAGUUACUCCCGGUAGAAUGCAGCGACUGGAAUUCCACAGCUGGGUAGUGGGGCUACUGGAGAAGCAAGUUCUAUGAUCUCGGGGUUCAUGUCUGUAGUGUACGAGAUCUGUAGUUAGUUUUGGAGACAGCUGCAGCCCUUACAUCUGUGACUAGCAAAGGACAAAGUCCUAGUACAUGUGACAUAGAGACAUACUGUGUGUGUUUUGCCAGUCUAGUUAGAACAAAACUGUCUCAUCUUGGAGUGGGGGUUUAAGAAAGCAGGAAGCAGAUGUCUGUGGGCGGUCAGUUUGUUGUGACUCAUAAAGCUUGAGCUUUAGGUCAGAAACUGCUUUUAAAGAUUGAAUUUGACAUGGGGCUUGCCCAUGAUGAAGAGAAAAUGACUUUACCUUUAGGGCAAUCUCAUUGUGGACUGCUUUAUUUAUGAUAGUAACGCUGUUUUAAGUGUUAUCCAUUUUAUUGUAUUUUAUUUAUAAAAAUGGCUUUAUAUAUUGAGAUAUAUAAAUAUAAAUAUAAAUCUAUAUAAUUGCUUUUAUAUUUAGGAGUUUGAAUUCUCCUCAGUGUGAGUUUCUCUGAACUUUCAUGCCCUGCACAGUCACCAAAAGUGGUCCUAGCAAGUGUCGCUUCCCCCAGGAAUUAAGAGGCCAUAGGAAAAUAAGGGGGUGGCAUGCAUUUGUAGGGUAACUACUGUGUUUUAGACUCCGUUCGUUAGUGUUAUCCAACCCCUACAGCAAGCAGAGCAGGCAUGAAAUUCCCGGCUCACGCGUGAACAAGAGGCUGCACUGGAGCCAUUUCCCCGGUCCGUCACCCAUGUUCCCAUUUCCCUGCCCUCUGGAGGUGUUACACUCUCUGUGGGACCAGUCCAGAACGUGGGCUGUUGGAUCUCUACUGCGCUCUUCCUCUGCAAGUCUCCUGCUGCAGCUAGUGGGGCUUCCCCCUGUCCAGACUCAUCCCAAACUGGCAGAGCAGAGCCAAGUAUUCCAUCUUCAGGAGUCUCUCAUUGACAUCCCGUUCUAGCCCUCACCCCACUCCUACCCUGUCCCUCUCCCUCCCCUCAUGGAGGUUUGACCUUCAACUGACCUGAUGACCAUGAAGUUGGUAGGUCCUCUUCAUGUUUUGGGUGACUGUUUAGCAUUAAACUUACUCGAGUCCUAGUGAAUCAUGUCGCCGCUCCCUGGUUGUGUUCUUCAGUUAUGUGCUGACUCUGGGGAUAGGUGCUGUACAGGGUACGGGUUAAUUGCAUUAUUGAAACUGUUGGUGUGAUCUCAUCAUCAAGUGGUUUGCUGGAUUCGCUUUGUAUAGACUGAAUCUCUGAAGACCAAGGCAUCGUACCAGGCUGAUCCUAUCACUUCUCUCCGCCAUCUUCAGUGCUGCCAAGAAACUGUUCGGAAUUGUCUUUACCUGUAUUGCUCGCUCUUACAGCCUUGACUGUGAGAUGCACAUUUUGUACUAUAUUGAAAAGUAUGUUUUAUUUUCCCUAAAGUUGUGAUAUUAUGUUUGAAAUUGUACAUACUUUAAGUGAUGUAGUUUUGACAGGUUUUAUUUUGUUGAUAUGAUUUUAUAUUAAAAGAGAAUGCUGCUUUCA